AUGUCACGCGAGAGUGCUAUAGAUAAGAACCUGAACCGAGGUGGAGAAUAUUUGAACGUAGUGAAUGCCAACGGGUACAGCGCUCAGCAGCAGCAGAGCCUUGUGAACGCAGUGAUCUCGGUGCUACAGGGGCCGGAUCAGGCGACGAUGGUAUCAAAACAGUAUUCGAACGAGCGUAAUUUGGCUACUGAAGUUCAGGCAUAUGCCAAGAUUUCAGGGAAGGAUUGGACGUACUAUGUUAAAGGGCUGGAAAUCUCGAUUGGAAGGAAUACGGAUACUGUCGCCGUUGCAAUACCCAACGUGGAUGUCAAGGAUGGUCCCCAGGCGAUCGACAUUGAUCUGGGUCCGGCGAAGGUGGUAUCUAGGAAACAUGCAAUAAUAAAAUUCAACAUGCAGCAUGGGGGUUGGGAGCUGCUGGUUCUGGGGAGAAACGGUGCCAAGGUCAACUUUAAAAGGGUGCAAGUCGGGCCGGCAGCACCGCCCGUGUUAUUGACAUCGGGCACAAUCUUGGACAUCGGUGGCACUCAAAUGAUGUUUAUCCUUCCGGAGCAGGAGCCAUUUAUAUCGCAAACUUGCAUCAGUCACUUGAUUCCUAAGCUAGUGGCAAGAUAUGGCAGUGCGGUAAAUGAUGGCUAUCGUUCAAGCGACCCCAAUGCGUUGCUGUACGAUAUCCUGAAAGAAUCGGACUAUAUGAAGCGGCAGCCGCUGCGGCAGCCUCAACAGCAGAUAAGAACCUUCAAGAUGUAUGGUAACGGUACAAGCAGCCAUGCAGAAUAUGGUCCCAGUAUGCAACUAAAUGCAGAUUCGCAUUUUAUGAACGGAGUCUCUAAGAUGGACAACAGCGGUGUCAUGCUACCUUCUGGAACAUCGAAUGGCCAGAUGAAUCAAACUGACUUAAAUCUAUCGUACUCAAAUCCAAGUCAAUCGCUGACUCAAAUUGGUUUCCCCCAGUCGCUUGAUUUCGCCUCUGACCUGUCUAGGGACGAGAAUAAGAAUGUCAAGCCUCCUCAUUCCUAUGCUACGAUGAUUACGCAGGCUAUUCUAUCAACCAAGGAAGGCGUAAUCUCAUUGGCAGACAUAUACAAGUAUAUCUCUUCCAAUUAUGCGUAUUACAGGUUUGCGAAGACUGGUUGGCAAAACUCUAUCAGACACAAUCUUUCGCUGAACAAGGCCUUCGAGAAGGUUCCAAGACGGCCCAAUGAACCAGGAAAGGGUAUGAAAUGGCGAAUCAGCGAGGACUAUCAGCGCGAUUUCUUAAGCAAAUGGAAUGCUGGGAAAAUUGGUAAAGUGAGGCGUGGUUCGUCAGUGGCUAGACAGCUACAGUUACAUCUUUCAAAAUACAACUCUCUGCCUUCACAGUCGGAUUAUCCUCCUGAACAAACGGUGAUAAAGCUACAGACUAUGCACAGUCGUUCAAAGAUGACUAAUCAACCAAAUAUGCUGUCUCAGCCUCAAUCUCAAUCUCAGCUCGAUUCUUCAUCAAUAUCGGCUUCACCUGCGGAGGCCGUCUCCGUACCGCCAUCGCAAAAUAUGCUGCGGUCAGACCAACAGACAUCAUCAUCUCAACAACUUCAAUCUACCCGACUGAUGCCGCCACCUACUUCGGGUCCCCAUAUAAGUCAAAAUCCAACCAAUAAUGCGCUCGUGUCUUUCACGAAUGCGUCGGCUUCAACUGCAUCAGCAGUCCCAUCCGCAGGAUCAUACUCGAAUACUCCUAAAAAUGUCCCACCUAUUAUCACCAAUACAUCAUCGUCGGCGUCUCAUCUAUCACCUUCGCACACCUCCAUAUUGCGCUCUCCUACUAAGGCGUUCCAUAUAACAGCCAUGGAAGCCUACACACCGGAGCGCGGUAGCGCCCAACAGCGCAGAUCACCUGUAACCGACCAAAACAAUGAUCCAAAUCUGCUCACCGCUGAGGAUGCUGAUAGGAACGUCAAGAAAAGCAGCAAUAAUGACGGCGCACAGGAUGUCUCAAAUGGCGCUACAGGCGAGAAGCUUACGAACAGAAGUUCCCCUGGUGUUUGGAAUUUACUUCAAUUCAGUUCUGUGAAUAAUACUCCAGCAGUGAUUAACAAUAAUGAUACAAAGAACUCGAGUGCCGAGGGCCCUUCUAGGACAGUAUUAAACAGGGAAGCGGCUGCUGAGUCAGAUACAAAAGAUGUCGCAUCGUCACCUUUGAAAAGACAACAGAAUCAGGAGGAGGGCAAAGAGCUUAUGCUGGAUACCGACGGUGCCAAGAUAACAUUAGUUAACGAGUAA